AUGCAUCGAGCGGGCUUCUACAACAACCCCACCAUUAGUAACACACUUAUAAAAUAUUUUAUUUACAAAGACAAAGACAAAGACAAAGACAAAGAUAAAGACAAAGAUAAAGACAAAGACAGAGACAGAGAUAAAGAUAAAGACAAAGACAAAGACAGAGAUAAAGACAAAGACAGAGAUAAAGACAAAGACAAAGACAGAGACAGAGACAAAGACAAAGCGAAAGACAGAGAUAAAGACAAAGACAAAGACAGAGACAGAGACAGAGACAGAGACAGAGACAGAGACAGAGACAAAGACAAACACAAAGACAAAGAUAGAGACAGAGACAGAGACAAAGACAGAGACAAAGAUAAAGACAGAGACAAAGAUAAAGACAAAGACAAAGACAGAGAUAAAGACAAAGACAAAGACAAAGACAAAGACAAAGACAAAGACAAAGAUAGAGACAGAGACAAAGACAAAGACACACACAGACAGAGAGACAAAGACAAAGACAAAGACAAAGACAGAGCAGAAAAUAUAAUAAAAUGA